AUGGCGAAAUACGGCGAGGGCGAUAAACGGUGGAUCGUGGAAGAAAGACCCGACGGCACAAACGUCCACAACUGGCACUGGUCCGAAACCAACUGUCUAGAAUGGUCCAGAACCUUCUUCACCAACCUCCUCUCAAAUCUUGUUAUUCUCAAUGGCGAAGGUAACCUCUUCAUCAAAACCACCACGCUCCGCAACCUCGACGGCGAAGCCUACAUCAACAUUCGUAAGGGGAAGAUCAUCCCCGGCUACGAGGUGAAUCUCACUGUUUCAUGGGAAGGUGAAGCGAAAGACACCGAAGGUAAUUCCUUGAUGAAAGUUAACGGUACUGUUGAAAUCCCUUAUAUCUCCGAUGAGAACGCGGAUGAGGAUCCUGAUAUUAGGGUUACGGUUGAAGAUGAGGGACCGAUUGGGAAGAGGAUUAAGGAUGCGAUGUUUUUGAAGGGGAAGGGGUUGAUUUUGGAAAAGGUUAGGGUUUGGGUUCAGAGUAUGGCGAAAGGUGGUCCUGUUAAAGAGGAGUUGGAUACUAAGAAGCCUUUGCCGCAGCCGCUGAAGCAGAAUCAGAAUCAGAAUCAUGCUCCGGUUGCAACGGCGACAGCUGCCAAGACUGCGAAGAGUGAUUCUGUUAAGAAGGAGGGUGUGGUGGAGAAGAAGGAGGGUAAGAAAGGACGGAAGAAUAUUGUGUUGACGGAGAAGUUUAGUUGUAGGGCGAAGGAUUUGUAUGAGAUAUUGAUGGAUGAGAAUAGGUGGAAGGGCUUUACUCAGAGUAAUGCGAGGAUUAGUAAAGAGGUUGGUGGUGAGUUCAGUAUUUUUGAUGGGUCUGUUACUGGAAGUAAUUUGGAGUUGCAAGAAGCUAAGUUGAUUGUGCAGAGAUGGAGAUUCGGGAGCUGGGCUGAUGGUGUUCAAUCGCAGGUGAAACUUGUUUUCGAGGAACCUGAACCAGGGGUUACUGUUGUUAAGCUGACACAUACUGAUGUACCUGAGGAAGAUAGGUAUGGCAAUGCUACUGUGGUGGAGAACACUGAAAGGGGAUGGCGGGAACUUAUUUUCCAAAGGAUACGUGCUGUUUUUGGUUUUGGAAUUUAA